CGCGACAAGUGACGCCGACCCACCAGCCGACAACCUCCUGUCGCAACUUUGAUCAAUACAUCACGUUCGACGCAGAGGAUUCGCGAUAUACCAAUCCCUUCAUCAGGACAUCGGUCGAUAAUCAAUGGAAACAAAUUGAGCAACCAACUCAAUUCGUAAGGAACCAGGUGGAGCCGAGUGCCAGAGAUCAGAGGACGGAAAAACCUCGUUGCAGCAGGCCGAGGCCAACCCCGUCUCCCGAAAACAACAGAUCGCGCAAGCAACCAUGGCGACCAACGGCGAUGCUGCCCCACCGGCGGCGGCGGCAGAGACAGCAGCCGCGACCGCUGCCGCAGCACAGCUCGACGGCCUCAGGCCUCCCGAGGGCGUCAUCAUCCCGCCGCCCGGCGAGAUCCGCGAGGUGAUUGAGAAGACGGCGGGUUACGUGGCGCGCGGUGGUCUGGGCAUUGAGCAGCGCCUGCGGGAGAACCACAGCGGGAACCCAAAGUUCAGCUUCGUCACGAGCCAGAGCGACGCGUACAAUCCGUACUACGAGUGGCGCAAGGCCGAGUACAAGGCCGGACGCGGCACGGCGCUGGCGGCAGGUCGGGCGGAUGCGGCCGCGCUGGCCGCCGCCAAGCAGGCCGAGGAGAACAAGGAGCCCCAGGGACCGCCCAAGCCGCCGGAUUUUGAGUUCUCGGCGCGCAUGCCCAGGAUGAACCAGAAGGAUCUGGAGAUACUGAGGGUCACGGCGCUCUUCGUGGCGAGGAAUGGAAGGCAGUUCCAGACGCAACUGAUGCAGCGCGAGACUAAGAACCCGCAGUUUCAGUUUCUUAUCCCGAAUCACACCUUUCACAAUUUCUUCCAACAUAUGGUAGAUCAGUACGCCAUCAUACUCAAGGAGAGCGGGAUGGGAGGGGAUGGGUCCAAGGCUCAGGAGCAGCGGAUCGAGCAGCUGCGGCGCAAUGUUGAGGAUCGGUUUCACAUUCUGGAGAGGGCAAAGCAGCGGGCGGAGUAUGCGGCGUGGCAGGAGCAGGAGAGACAGAAGCAGGAGGCUGCCGAGGAGAAGAAGAAAGAUGACUUUGCACGCAUCGAUUGGAAUGACUUUGUCGUGGUUGAGACUAUCGAUUUUACCGAGGCAGACGCCAACAUUGCGCUUCCGCCGCCGACGACGCUCAACGAUAUACAGUACGCAUCAUUGGAGGAGAAGCAAAACUUCUCGGUAAAUGCCAAGCGUAUCGAAGAGGCAUUCCCCUUUGACGAUACUAGCUACAACGCCUAUCCAGUACAGCAGCAGCAAUCACAACCAGCACAAGAAAAAGACUCGCCUGCAGGGGCAUCACCAGCACAGCCGGCACACAUGCAACAAGACCCUGAGGAGACGCGGAGGAUACAAGAAAGGGAACAAGCCCGGGCGCGCAUGCAUCAGGCCCAGGCAGAUGCCAGAGGAGGGACGGCACCAAUGAAGAUCAAGGAGAACUAUGUGCCCAAAGCAGCAGCCCGAGGUCCAAGGACCGGAGGACAGACGGCGCUGUGUCCAAGAUGUAACCAGCAGAUCCUUUUGUCGGAAUGGGAGGAGCACAUGAGGAUCGAACUGCUGGACCCCAGGUGGAAGGAACAAAAGGCCAAGGCAGAGUCGCGAUACGCAACAACAAACAUAUCGACGGCGGAUGUGGCCAACAACCUCAAGCGUCUAGCGAGUCAAAGGACGGACGUGUUCGACAGCGUCACGGGCCAGCCGCUUUCGGAGGAGGAGAUGGCCCGGCGCAAGAAGGCAGCCAUCAACAGCUACGAUGGAAACCCCGAUGGCAAGAGCCAGGCGCAUAUUGCACACCUGCAGCACGUGAAUGUCGAGGAGCAGAUCAGGGCUAUCCAGCAAAAGUUUGGAGACAAAAAGGAAUAAUUCUGCUUGACAGCAGGAUCACGGUUACUGCUGCCCAAGAAAGGGCUUCCAGAAAAGGGCUUCUCACAUUGAUGCGUCAAUGUAGGGCGCUAGUAUUGGUUCGUCACGUACGUAUAUAGGUAUCUCGUUGUCCAUACCAAGGGCGAUCUCGAUGAGUCUAAAAUUUGCCUUAAAGCCAAGGUCCGCUAAGGCACCCAUGAUUACUAAAUGCCAUCUUC